AUGGUGUCAGGGCACACUAAUAAUCAUAAUCAACCCGAUGCCUAUGCAAAUGUAAUGCAAGGUCAAAUAUUAUAUAAUGAUAGUCAGUUACCAAAAAUAAUUUGGAAUCAAAUUAAAAUUCUUAUCAUAUCAAAUAAAGAUGAAUUUGACAAUGAACGCGAUUUACUGGUAACUGAAACCUUACCAAAAUUACAACAAUAUUUUUUAACGCAAGGUAUUUAUGUUGAUUUUGUUGACUGCAAUUUCAAUUGGAAUUUCGAUUUAUCGAAAAAUCCAUAUCAUAUGCGACGUUACAUGAAAGAACUUAAAAAUGCUUAUCAAACAUCAACGGGGCCUUUUUUGUUAACUUUCAUUGGAAAUAAAUAUGGUAAUAUCGUUUUACCUAUUGAAUUAUCGACAUCAGAAUAUAAUAAUAUAAAAAAUGCAGCAUCGGAUUUGAGCAAAAACAUAAAAUUACUUGAAGAAUGGUAUUUAUUAGAUGAUAAAAUCUCUCCAUCGAUGUAUAAAUUAAAAGAUCCUGAUGAAAAUUUUUCCAAUAUUCCACCACGAUCUAUAUCAACAUAUGAUUUAAAUACAUGUGAAAAUCAAGAAUGGAAUGAAGCAUAUAUGCAUCUAGCCGAUCUAUUUUUAAGUGUUUUAAAUGAAAAAUCCCAUAUGAAAUCUAUGCAUGAUAUUCAACUACUUUCAAGUGUAGAAAUACUCGUUAAUUAUGCAACUAAAUUAUCUCGGUCUGGCUGUAUGUAUAUUUUAAGACAGUUUGAUGGCCUGAAUGAACGUUGUAAAGGUAGUGAAAAUUACAUUGAUCUACUUCCUGGUGGUCGUUUGGAUAAAAUUCGACAAGAAAAAUUAAAACGCUUUCGUGAAUCUAUAACAAAUAAAUUAUCAAAUAAUGAAAAUAACGAAAUAAAUCUUGAAGAUAAUCAAACUAUUAUUAACAUUCCGUGGAGAGAUCAUGCAGACUCUCAAUCCGAUGAUCCUGACUAUCAACGUUAUAUGCGUACAUUGAAUGCAUCAGUAUUUUUACGUAUAAAAUCAUUGAAUCAAAAUUAUAUUGGCGUAUCUAUUUCAAAUUAUUUCAAAUCAUCAGAAAAAAGUUUCUACAAUGAAGUUCUUGUACAUCUGACAUAUUAUUCAAAACAUUCAUCACAUACAUGUUUGGGCUUUGAACAUUUUACUGAACGUAAUUGUUCAUUUAAACAAUGGUUAACAGUAGCUAAUACAAGUGAACAUUAUCCAUAUACGAUAUUUGGUAGUCGAGCAUCUGGAAAAACUUUAUUAUGUACAAAAAUUGUUCAAUAUCUGUUAAAUACAUUAGAAAAAAAUGUUCAAUGUGUAAUACGUUAUUUUAAUUUAACAUCGAAAUCACGUAAUAUUUCUGAAGUAUUUACAUCAAUAUGUACACAAUUGAGUUCAUUAGAACAUGUACCAGCAUCAAACAAUGAACAAGAUAUGAAUCACAUUGAAUAUUAUCACUCAGCUUUAGCAAGUUUAUCGAAAUCACAAAGACCAGUUAUAAUAAUGAUCGACGGAAUUGAAGAUAUAACACCACCGAAUCAACAUGCGUCAUCGAUGGCAUUCUAUCAAGCAUUACUACAAUUACUUCCACCCAAAGUAAGUGUUCGUACGCGAAAUAUUCAAGAGAAAUAUGCAUUAUCAACCAAUUUCUAUUCAAACAAAAUAAUGUGA